GCUUUUUUUAUUCCAGACUUUGGGUCACUUGGAAAAAGCAGUGGUUCUUGAACUUACCUUGAAGCAUGUGAAAGCACUAACAAACCUAAUUGACCAGCAGCAGCAGAAAAUCAUUGCCCUGCAGAGUGGUUUACAAGCUGGUGAGCUGUCGGGGAGAAAUAUCGAAGCAGGUCAAGAGAUGUUCUGCUCAGGUUUCCAGACAUGUGCCCGGGAGGUGCUUCAGUACCUGGCCAAGCAUGAGAACACUCGGGACCUGAAGUCUUCGCAGCUUGUCACCCACCUCCACCGUGUGGUCUCAGAGCUGCUGCAGGGUGGCACCUCCAGGAAGCCAUCAGACCCAGCCCCCAAAGCCAUGGACUUCAAGGAGAAACCCAGCUCCUUGGCCAAAGGCUCAGAAGGCCCUGGGAAAAACUGUGUGCCAGUCAUCCAGAGGACUUUCGCUCACUCGAGCGGGGAGCAGAGCGGAAGCGACACGGACACAGACAGUGGCUACGGCGGAGAGUCGGAGAAGAGUGACUUGCGCGGCGAGCAACCGUAUUUCAAAAGCGAUCACGGACGUAGGUUCCCCAUGGGAGAAAGGGUCGGCGCUAUUAAGCAAGAAUCCGAAGAGCCCCCCACAAAAAAGAGCCGAAUGCAGCUCUCCGAUGAUGAAGGCCAUUUCUCCAGCAGUGACCUCAUCAGCUCCGCGUUCCUGGGCCCACAUCCGCACCAGCCCCCCUUCUGCCUGCCCUUCUAUCUGAUCCCACCGUCAGCGACCGCUUAUCUGCCCAUGCUGGAGAAGUGCUGGUAUCCCACCUCUGUGCCAGUGUUAUACCCGGGCCUCAACGCCUCUGCCGCAGCCCUCACCAGCUUCAUGAACCCAGACAAGCUCUCAGCUCCGCUGCUCAUGCCCCAGAGACUCCCGUCUCCCUUGCCAGCCCAUCCGUCCGUCGACUCUUCGGCUUUGCUCCAAGCUCUGAAGCAGAUCCCCCCUUUAAACUUAGAAACCAAAGACUAAACUCUGCAGGGGAUCCUGCUGCUUCGCUUUCCUUCUUCCCUACUUCCAAAAA